UGACAGAAAAUUCAUCGAAAGUAGAUAUGUAUCAACAAAUUUUUUUAGUUUCGCUUUAGUUUUGUUUUACAACCAAAAGUUCAGACUUUCGUACCUUCAACACUAUUCACCUGAAAGUACCCAGUGCAGGAAAAAGAGACGAAGCAACACAAGAGGCCGCGGCACGCACGCAGACGAAAUGGCUGACAAUGCGGCAGCGCCCACUGCCGAUGUUGCGACUGCAACUGACGUUUAUACCGAUGAUAGUCCGCCGCCCGUAACUUCACUCAAGUCCGCUGAUGACCACACCACUCUUAUAUUGCCACCUGAUCCAGGAUCAGGGGACGCCCACGUCUCCACCCCCGCAGAUAAAGCAUCGACAAAUGCCACCACAUCCACAACCGUUUUGGUGGGCGGGGAGUCUCCUGAAUCGGAACGUUGCUGUUGGAUUUGCUUUGCCACCGACGAGGACAACCGUUUGGCUGCCUGGGUGAAGCCGUGCCAGUGCCGUGGGACUACCAAGUGGGUGCAUCAGAGCUGCCUAUAUCGCUGGAUCGAUGAGAAGACGCAGAAGGGAAAUGCGUUGCGCACCGUAUCCUGCCCGCAGUGUCAAACGGAAUACAUAAUUGUGUUCCCCCAAAUGGGAAAACUUGGUGGAGCCUUGGAAGCGAUGGACAAUAUGAUCAAACGUUUGAGUCCAUUCCUGGCCGCUGGUUUCUUUGUGGGUUCGCUAUAUUGGACAGCAGUUACCUACGGGGCGGUAACAUUCCUACAGAUUGUGGGCCAUGAGCAUGGCAUGUCCAUAAUGGAGGCAGGGGAUCCACUCGUUCUUCUGAUCGGGUUGCCAGCUAUUCCAGUUGGUCUGGUGCUUGGCCGUUUAAUUCGCUGGGAGGAUGCUCUGCUGCGUCUGAUUCGCAACCGCGGAACAGUGGUGCGCAAAUUCCCAUUUGUGAACCUCAUAUAUCCAAGCCUUACACAGGAGGAGCAGCCAAUAAACAGCAAUCCGGCCACACCUGCUCUGUCUGAUCCAGUUUCAGCAACGCGUGUUUUCUGCGGCGCCCUUCUGUUGCCCACCAUCUCGUCCAUUGUGGGCCGCAUUCUCUUCGACUCUGUGGACAAUACGUUGCAUCGCACGCUACUGGGAGGUCUUACCUUCAUAACGGUCAAGGGAAUCCUAAAAAUUUAUUUGAAACAGAAGCAAUAUGCGCGUCGAAAGAAGCGCCGCAUCGUGGACUACACGGAAGAAAAUAUUCGGAAUUUUAUGCAUCGCAACAGCAACAACCCUGCCGGCGGAGCACGUCAGCAACAGCAGCCACAGCAGCCUCCGGUGGCACAAGCAUCCCGGAUAGCAGCGGCAGCGGCCCGUGAAAGAGAGCGCCAGCAUGGAGACAUUGUGUAGAUGGGCGUCACAGUGGACCCAAUUGAUAAUGCUAACGUUUUUCUCUAGGUCUCGGCUCAUAACGUUGAUUGCUUAAUCUCUGGCACCUGCAGGAUCACGCUAUACACUAGAUGCGAGCCGCUAUGCGGUAUGCGGUUUGUAAGCAAAAUUAAUUGUAGAACCAGGAAAUUAAGUGUAUGUUGAAAUAUUUGGCCAACAUUUUUGUUUACAAUAAAAACAAAAAACCUCCCUCCCCCA